UCGCCCGCGGACCUUCCGCACCGAGUACCGCGUUGUAUCUUUCAGCGAGUCGGGUGCCUCGCUCGCGGGGGGUGCCGUCCGGCUCCGUCAAGUAAGCAAUGCCCUCCUGUUUACCUCUCCAGCUGUAGGUGUGCAGUUUGCUGUGCGAAUUGUCGACUGAACUUUGCAACUGCAGCCUUGUUUUGUACUUUUUAGUUUUACUUAAUGCAUUGAUGUCGUCCCCACCUCUUCGGACAUGCUGUCAAGAAAGAAAAGUAAGAACGAAGCUUCAAAGCCAGUCGAGGUGCAGGGAAAGUACGUGAAGAAGGAGACGUCGCCUCUUCUGAGAAAUCUAAUGCCUUCAUUUAUUCGACAUGGUCCUACUAUUCCAAGACGUGCCGAUGUCUGUCUUCCAGAUACAGGACAAUCUUCCUAUUCUGUUGGAGCUAGUGAUGCUGUAGUGACCCGGAACCAGAGUUUCCUGCGCUCCCCUGUACAGCGACCACCUCAUGAGAUAGCACGCAGAGAAAGUAAUCGUUUAUCAACACCAUCCUACCUCCCUCGCAGCCUGGCUGAAGUUCCCCGGGAGUAUGGGGCAUCCUCACAAUCCUUUCUGACUGAGGUUAAUCCUUUAGCAGAAAAUGGAGAUUCUGGUAGUAAUACCCGAUACUACUACCCACAUGAUCCCUACUAUGAGGGACAAAGGCGCCGCCAUCUUACAGAUCGCUUGCAUGAUGACUACAGAUAUUAUGAACAUAACAGUGAUCACUUCCAAAGGGUUUCUGCACCUCCAUCACAGCCUACAGGGAGGCAUCCUACAACGAUUGGUAGGAUACCUGCAACUUCACUUGGAAAUCUAGCCAAUCACACUGCUGAGGAAGUACCACUCCCACCGGGCUGGUCAGUUGACUGGACUAUCAGAGGAAGAAAAUACUACAUUGAUCACAACACUAACACGACCCACUGGAGCCAUCCUUUGGAGAGGGAGGGCCUGCCCCCUGGAUGGGAGAAAGUGGAGUCGGCAGAAUUUGGAGUUUAUUAUGUCGAUCACAUUAACAAGCGUGCACAGUACAGACAUCCUUGUGCACCAAGUGUUCCCCGUUAUGACCAGCCACCUCCUCUUCCUCCACCAGUUACUUAUCAGCCUCGCCAGACUGACCGCAAUCAGCCAGUCCUGGUGCCAGCCAACCCCUACCACACAGCAGAGAUCCCAGACUGGCUACAGGUCUAUGCCCGGGCACCGCUCAAGUACGACCACAUCCUGAAGUGGGAAUUGUUCCAGCUGGUGGAUUUGGACACGUAUCAAGGAAUGCUGAAGCUGCUCUUCAUGAAAGAACUUGAGCGCAUUGUUAAAUCCUAUGAGGCCUACCGUCAGGCCUUGCUUACUGAACUGGAGACCCGCAAGAAAAGGCAGCAGUGGUAUGCACAGCAACACAGCAAGAACUUUACUGGAAACCUUUAAAGAGAGACACUUGUGUGUCCCACCUCAGGCUGUCUGCUGCCUUGGCCUUUGUUCACUGCCAUCUUAAUUUUUGGGUGCAAGAAACUCUUGUGCAGCGUGAAAGGUUUGUUAUGCCCAUUUGCCACACUAGCUACCUAAACUUAUUUUUUUUUUAAGUUUGAAGCUGGCUGUUGGAAUGUCUGAGCUGAUCCUGUUGAUUCAUCUUGAAUCCCGUUUUUCUCUGCAUGGCCAGAGACGCGAUCCCCAACAAAAAGCCCCGAGUGUAAAGACGGUUGUGCCAUUUCAUUGGGGUGCAUGACGAGAAUCCUGUUUUUUACUGUAUAUACUUUUUAACUUGGUGUGGGGUCAGGAAGCAAAGGGCGCUAUAAUUUAAUAGCUUUUCAUAUGUUGGAGGUUCUUUUAAGCAGCCUUUUGUUUCUGUCCAGGCUUUGUUGGUGGCCUUUAUUUGAAUAUAAUUGGGUCUUGCCUGAGGUCUCCCAGAAUGGCACUCCGAAUGAUGAAGACUGUUGAGCCAUUCUGCUUAUGUACAGUGUAAUCUAUCAAAUGUUUUAUUUUCCUUGUACAUAUUCUAUAUUUUUUAUGGAAAAUAUGUGCUUUUAACUUUGUCUUGCCUAUUUUGUAUCAUUUUCAUCAAUUUGCUGCAUUGCAGAGGGCGCAGUGAGUGUUUGGCAUUAGCUAUGAAUUUGCUUACUCUUUUCUGUUCAUAUACUUUCAGUGAAGACGCCAAUAUACAGUAACUGGCCUAAGAUCGCGUCCAGCAGUGAACAGAAGCUCCGAGUUUAUCAGAUUAGAAGGAGAUUUGUUUACCAGCAGUUCAGUCCUUAACAUAAUGUGCUGCCAAGGAAUUGGGAAUAUUUUUCUUCUUUCCUUGCCUGUCUCCCUUGUUAUAUUAUGCCUUUCUAAAAAUGUAGAAGUUCUGUGGUAAUCAUGAGAAAUGUUCAAAUCAGCCCAUUUAACAGCUACCAACCAUGGUGGGAUAACUCCUGGCAUGCUGGGCUCUUUAAUUCAGUCUUGCAUUACUGUCAGUGGGUCAUAAUCUUGACUAAUGCUGCUAACUAAUACAAGCAUUACAGAGGGAGUCUGCGUUCAUUUUACAUCACAGAUAGCUAAACACAGAACUCCUCUGUUUGAUUUUUGCCUUCCUGUCACAGUUGGAAGUACUGAAGCGCGUGACUGAGUUCAUUUGUACAAGUGCUACAGCGUCUGAUGACAUUUGGAACUGCAGGGACUUGGAGUUCAUUGUGCGUGGUGAUAAUAAGCACUCCAGGUACACGGGUCCGACAUCGCACUGUAGACCACUCUAGUCAGAGCUGAUGUACUAUCUAAAUGUGACAAGUCUGCACUAAAUGCUGUGUUUAAUGAGGAAAUAAUACCAAAGAGGGAACAAGAAUAUUACUGUUCAAUUCUGCAUGAGACGUUAGUUGAAUUGGUCCAUAAUUUCAAUUUCGCGUGGUUGCUUAUUGACUAAACAUUCAUCUCUCCAUCUUCCAAGCUUGCUUCAUCAAAUUAUGACAUUACAAUGAAAUUUGACUGUUCAGUCUUACUACCCACUUAAGCUUUAACCUUUGCUUUUCAUUAUUCAGUAUAACUCUUAAGUCUCUGUUGUGUACAUUGUUGAAGAUUACUGUUUUGUGCCCUACAGGCUGUCAUAUUUUGCUUGCUUGACUUGCCAGAUAACCCAAGUUGAGCCCUUUGGCCUGUUUUGUAUAAAAAGCAUUUAAUCGUUUUCUACUUUAAUAAUCAGCUGAACACCUCAACUGUUUUCUCUCGAGUCCUGCAUUUCGUAUACCUUGCAAUAGUCUGAGAAGAUAAUAAUGCAAGGUGGUUUAUUAAAAAAAGGUCCCUUUGUUUGGAAUGUCUUACACAUCUAAGGACUCGCUUCAAACCCAACCUGUCCAUUCCUGACCGUUCUGUUAGCAACGCCUAAGUGUUGUUAGAAACUGCAUUCUGCAAGUCCCUUUGUACCGUUGUCGUCUGUCUCUGUAAAUCUGUCCUGAAAGUGCUGCAUAGACGAGCUUCUUAAUCUGGUUCAGUAGUAAGUUAUAGGACAUCAGGAAUGUAGCAGCUUUUAAAUUACAGUCAGAAUUGUUCUUAACCAAAGUCAAAGACCCGGAGGAAGUAUUUGCACUGUGUCAAAGCCAGACACGCAUCUCAGCAGGGUAUCUUGUCUCAAGAGAUGUUCUGUGUAAUCAUUUCAAUGCUGCAUUUUCUUACAUCACUGGUUUCUUUUAACUGUCGAAUAAAAUUAUGCAGCUUAAAGAGGAAAGUGUAAAAUGGGAAUUAAUUCAUUUGUUUUCCCUAGUGCAAUAUCCUUCUGUAUGUUUUAAAUAAAUAAUGGUGUAUUCAUUACUGUGACUGUUUUGUACAUUAAACUGUAUCAAAAGCUGA